CUUUCCUCUACAGUGUGUGCGCUCCCGACUGUUGCAGUCGCUUGCUCCUUGUUCCCCCUUUUCUCUCCCUCGCCUUGUUGUCGACGACUCAGUCCGCUGGCGUCUUUGGUGUACCCCGCACCACCUACCCCGAGAGUUUCUUUCCUGCUCCACCUUUUACCUCGCUUUUACCUCAAUGUCCCUCCCUCGUUCUUGUUGUCCCUGAGAAGACUCCCGAAAAGAUUCAUUGGCAACUUUGUAUUGUAUCAUUUCCGAUGAUAUUGGUGUUAUGUUAAAGCUUGAUUGUGAAGACUACUAAACAAAGAAAUCCCGAAAUAUCCUCAAACAGCCCUUGAAUUAUCCCUGGACUCAGGACUUUGCUGGGCCAUCUCGUGAUUUUGUUUUCUUCUCCUGUAUCUUCUUCUUCGUCUCUUCUUCUCAUCACUGUCCGUUCGCCCGUCCCUUGACGUCGCUCAAAGACGGCAUCGACUGUGGAGCUGUACUACAAUCAAGACUUGACUUGUUACUACCAGAACGAUAGCCGUUUGAAUUGUACAAUGGCUACCGUCGACAGCAAAGGCUUGCCCCAUGACGCCCCGUCCGUUACUCUCACGAUCCGCCUCCUCAUGGCUGGCAAGGAAGUUGGAAGUAUCAUUGGCAAGAAAGGCGAGAUCGUCAAACGUUUUCGAGAGGAGUCUGGUGCUCGCAUCAACAUUUCGGAUGGAUCCUGUCCGGAACGGAUCGUUACCAUUACCGGCACGACGGAUGCCAUCUUUAAGGCCUUCAACCUCAUUUGCAAGAAACUGGAAGAGGAAGUUGGUGGUCCAUUGGCAGGAACUGCCAUACCUAGACCACCCAUCACGCUCCGCUUGAUUAUGCCGGCUUCCCAGUGCGGUUCCCUGAUUGGCAAAGGCGGCUCAAAGAUUAAAGAAAUUCGAGAAAUCACUGGCGCCUCGGUGGUGGUGGCAUCGGAGAUGCUUCCCAAUUCGACGGAGAGAGCUGUGACGGUGUCUGGAACAAGCGACGCCAUCACUCAAUGCAUCUACCAUAUUUGCUGCGUUAUGCUCGAGUCACCACCGAAGGGAGCUACCAUUCCGUACCGUCCCAAACCUCAAGUUGGAGGACCCGUCAUACUGGCUGGAGGUCAGGCCUACACGAUCCAGGGCAACUACGCCGUUCCAGCUACGCCUGAUGUAAGUAAUUCUACUAGCGGCUGCUCUGCAGUUCAGGCGGCGACAGCUGCAGUUGCCGCUGUUAUGUCAUCCUCGCUCUCUCCGACGUCGUCGUCGUCGACACCGUCGUCUACAACUUCUGCUUACACUCCCCAUUGUUCCUCGUCCUCCUCGUCCACCACUACUUUACAUUCGUCUCUGGGUGGUUGCUGUUCUCUGCCUCGAUUCCCCGCUGGGAUGGGCUUGUCCAUGAUGCAUUCACACGAUUUCUGCUCGGCAUACUCCCCGACGCCCUCCAGUACCAACACCUGUCCCAUGAUUGGCUUUGGUCACCAUUAUAACCCCCAAUCUGCUACGAUGUCGAUGAUGCAGGAGGUAGCAUCUUGCACGUCGCAUUCCAACCCUUCCAUUCUUUCGACACCUUCAUCUCUUUGCUCUUCUUCCGUCUCGUCGCCGGCCUACCACCACCAGCACCCGGCGACAUUUGUCCCUUGGCUCUCUAACCACCAUCAGGCUUCCUCGCCCCAUCAAAUGUUUGCAGUGAGCCCCGUGAGCUCGAUGACCUCACCACCGGCCGCCUGCUCCCCAAUUCACCCGUCCAAGAAUGGAACCAUUUCGUUAGCCACCGUCUCCGUCCCACUCUCCUUUUACUUAGGAGGAGAUGGAUCUGGACGAGUCAUGACCGCACCGCCUCACGGGUCUUCUCACGUACCGUCGGGACUCACGGCCGCCUAUUCUGCUUACUCGGCCAGCCCCGUUCACAUGGACAUGAACAAAUUAUCUGGCAAUCCAUUGGCUAACUUGGCGGCUCUUGGUCUCGGCGGAUUGACUGGCACAGGUGGCGGCGGAUCCAUGAACGCCUCAGCUCUGGCAGCGCUUGCGGGUAGUCAGCUUCGGUCUGGAGGAGGUGGAGGACCUCAGUCUGGUGCGCCUCAGCAAUCGCAAGAGAUGGCUGUACCUAAUGAACUUAUCGGAUGCAUCAUCGGCAAAGGAGGCACCAAAAUUGCUGAAAUUCGACAAAUCAGUGGCGCAAUGAUUCGCAUUUCCAAUUGCGAAGAUCGCGAAAGCAGCUCUGAAAGGACCAUCACUAUCACUGGCACAGCCGAAUCGGUGGCUCUGGCGCAGUAUCUCAUCAACACCAGGUUGGCCAUGGAGACCGCAGCCAUGGGCAUGAUGGGCUACCCGUUUUUGGCGCCGAGUCCUAUAAUGAAGGCCACGAUUCAUUGACCACUAACAGGCCACUUCUGCUGCUUCGAAUGACGGAACGAAAGAAAAGAAUGGAGUGAUGGAAAAAAGUGAAAGAAACAAAACUUUGUGAAGGCGAAGAAAGAAGGAAGGAAGGUACACGACAACACUACACCACACAACACACACAAAGCAGGAAGAAAGCAGAAGUGACACGUCGCAGCAAAAGAGGGUGGCCCGAAAGCAGAAGCUAUUGCGACGAAAACAAAAGGAAGCAAGUUGGUCGUUAGAAGAGUAAAAAAAAACAAAGAAAUUACGCGUUGAUGGUGACGGACUGCGGCUCUCUCGGACUCGUUUCAGCCUACGUAGCAACGGAUUUGUUUGAGAAUGAUUGAGGAAACAUUUAUGCCAGGAUCUCCACGAUGAAAUCAUGAUUAUUACGUGUUUGGUGAUUAUUACAAAUGACAAUACUAAACUAAGAAUAAGAAAUAAUAAUAGGACGAUAGGAAGACCGUUUUGCCACAUCAUGUGCAUCCCCUUUUGCCCGUCCCCCGGCUCUAAUCGAGGAAAUUCGCCCCAUCAAUCCAUCAAGUUCUUUUUUUUUUUAAAGAAAAACCGAUUUCUUGCGUCUUCUUUCGCUCUUGUUUCUAAUGUCCCUACCACCACCACCACCAAACAACAAAUCUUUUUGGCUGACUAAAUAAGGACAAAGGCAAUCGACUCGAAUACCCUCCCUCUCGCUCCCAGUUUCAUGUUUUAUCAUGUAACUACAACAUUGUUUGCGUGCGCGCCCGUGUUUGUUACUCGUCCGUUCAUUUUUUUUCCUCGUUCUGUUCAUUUUCUCUCCCGUUGCUCCCCUGCCCUUUCACAAAACAAUUGUCCUCCCCGUGUUAGACCUGCCCUCCCAUCCCCUUGACUACACACACACAAAGCCCCAACACAUCCAUUUUGUGGUUUUCAAAAGAAAGAAAAAAGAAAAAAAAAUUGUCUUAAAACUGCGCCGUCGCUGAACUCAGCGUCGAUUCGCAUGUGUGUGUGUGAGAGGCAAUAAGUCUUAGCUCAAGUAUCAAAGCUAGUUACAAUUUAAAAGUUAAAAAAGAAAGAAUUAAAUAAGAAUCACACCGAACGCUUCUUGGUUCAGGAAAAAGUUUUGUCGGGGCUUUUUCUAGUCAAACGCGAAAUUUGCGCCGUCGAAACCGUUUUGUUGUCUUUUUUUUUACAAUUUUUUUUGCUCAUUUGUUUACAGUUUGCUUUUUUUCUGCUCCAAAAUUAAUCGGGUCGUUAUACAUUUCUUGAUUGACUUGGAAAUAUUUUUUUUUAAAUAACAAAGAUAUCAGUUUAAAAAACAUUGUGGGCCAUUUUGUCAUCGUUUGUUUGUCGUCUCUUGCGAUGACAUUGACGACGACGACAAAAUUUGAAUCAGUGCAAGGGAAUAUAACUUUAUAUACCAUUCCCAACAAAUGGUCAUUUAUCAGGUACAAGUUUUUCAUGGGCAAUAGCCAAAGACGUGUGCCAAAGUUAAAGAAACAAGACAGGAAGUUAGGGGAAAAUUCUUAGGACAUUAUAUACUACAUCUUGUCGAUUUAACUCCCGCCACAUCCCUUUCAAUUUACCCUCCCAACUCCCUUCAGAUAUCAAAUCUUAAGUUGUUUUUUUUUCUUCUUCUUCACUCUAAUUCUUAUCUCUACCGUUUACCCCCCAGAGAAAAUUAUUGUUGUAAUCCUGUGUUUUUUUUGUUUUUUUCUUCGAAUAAUUGCAAAGAAAUUUUCUGUUUUUUCGUUUUGGAACAACCGACCAGCUCAGUUGAGACCAGUUCCAAUAAAAACCAAGCAAAAUUGUGCAAAGAACGUUUCAGUCGUAGAAGACGUAAAAGUGUUGAUAGAAAACAAAAAUUAAUAAUACUUUUUGGGGAUAAAGAAACGUGGGCAAAGUUGAUUGCCCAUGACGUCUGUAUAACGUGCUCCGAUUAUUCAAAGGGCAGUAUGUGUGUGUUUGAUUUCAUUUUUUUUUGUGUUGAAAAAAACUUCUUUUGUUUAUCAUCUUUUUCGUCUUACUCGAAACCACAAAAAAACAAAACAAAAAAUA